AGCAGGUCAGCCAUGGAACCGCCUCUUUCAGUUCUCCAUUUUGUAUGUUUUUCUUAGAGGUUAGCGCCUACUUUCCUAAGGGAUAGCUGGCAAUCAGUGUAGUUACCAAUCUCACCUUUUGCAUGCAAAUCUACAGCUAGAUUGAUUUGGGCGGCUGAAAAAACGCCGAGGCUGGGUGUGUUGUAUCAUUUGAUGUCGGAAUGUAGAGACGAUACGCCGCGACAGGAGUAAUGUUAGCAGACUCAAUCAGGGUGUAUCAACCAAAACAAUGUUGACAGGCGACCUGUGGACAGAUAUCUGCAACCACUCAUUUCAAGGAUGGAUAAAGGUGGAGUGAAGAAGAUAGCAUACAGAAGAGAUGACCAUUUAAGCAAACUGCUCUAUACUGAAAGCCCCGAGGAGGGAGGUCUGUUGAGAGUAGCUCCUCACAGUGCCAUGUCUGUCACCUCUCCCGCCUCUGUCGUUCUUCCAUCCAGCUCUUUGAUGCAGCCAGGACAGGUGCCCAACGGCCUCAACAACAACACCCUUCCUGAGGAGCUCACCUCUGCCUCUGUCACUGCCACCGUAGGCUCGUUGAUCGACAGUCCACAGCCCCGGGGAUUGACCAAAGAUCAGAGACCCCAGCACCAGCAGUUACUUCAGACGCAGACGACUUUUGGUCAUCAAACCUUAUCAGAAAAUUUGUCCCAGUUGGAUGCCAGUAUGGCAGACAUCACCCAGUCCUCCAUGGAUUCGCUAAUUGGGGGAUCAGAUCCCAACUUCUUCCCUUUGAAAACGGAGGAUUUCUCCUUGGAUAAAGGAGAGCAGGACCCAAUUGACCUUGAUAAUGCCUUUGAGCCCAUUGGGAAAGAUAUGGACGUGAACCAAAAGUUGUUCAGUGACAACACUCUGGAUCUGCUGCAGGACUUUGACCUCUCUGGGUCCCCUUCAGAUUUUUAUGUAGGGGAUGAUGCUUUUUUGUCUUCUCUUGCAGAUGAUUCUUUGCUUGGAGUGACAUCCGAGAGGGACAUAAAACCUGCUGUAGUUGACAGCAGUAACACGACUGGGGCAGUGCCUGUUGCCCUUAAUGGCAGCAGUGUGACCAGUCCAGAUCUAUCCAGCCCUACCAUAUCCACAACUACUUCACUAUCCCCUACAACCACUUUGUCUGCAAUGGUGAAAAAAGAAAAAGAUGCAGACUUCAUCCAGCUCUGCACCCCAGGUGUGGUUAAACAGGAGAAGACCUCUGGAGGACAGAGUUAUUGCCAAAUUAGCGGCACGGCUUCUGGAGACAUGGCUGGGACUAACGCCAUCUCAGUCUGUGGGGUCAGCACUUCAGGAGGACAGACCUACCACUUUGGUGUGAACACACUGAGCAGUGAUACUCCGCUGCAGAAUGAGCAGAAGCCAGUUUCCAGCCUGUUUCUCCCAGUAACGACCAUCGGUGGGAUCUGGAACCGAGGCCAGGGUAUUGGUAACAACUCAUUAGUCCAGAGGGCUGGUGAGGGGUUCUCAAGUUCCCCCUCCUACCCCACCAGCUUUACCAGGCAGGAAGGGAGCACCGCUACAUCCUCCACACAAGGAAAGAGCGGGACUCAUAAAAUCUGCCUGGUGUGCUCUGAUGAGGCUUCGGGCUGCCACUAUGGCGUUCUCACCUGCGGCAGCUGCAAAGUCUUCUUCAAGAGAGCAGUAGAAGGGCAACAUAAUUACCUGUGUGCAGGGAGGAAUGACUGCAUAAUAGACAAAAUCAGGAGGAAGAACUGCCCAGCCUGCCGAUUCCGAAAGUGUCUGAUGGCAGGCAUGAAUCUGGAAGCUCGCAAAUUAAAGAAGAAUCGGUUAAAGGGCGUCCAGCAGAGCAACCCACCAGAGGUUACACCUUCACCGCCAGUUGAGACCCGCUCCCUCGUACCCAAGUGCAUGCCUCAGCUCGUUCCAACAAUGUUAUCCCUGCUGAAGGCGAUAGAGCCAGACACCAUCUACGCUGGCUACGACAGCACCCUGCCCGACAACUCCACCCGCCUCAUGACCACCCUCAACAGGCUUGGAGGCCGACAGGUCAUCUCUGCCGUCAAGUGGGCCAAGGCCCUGCCAGGUUUCAGGAACCUGCACCUGGAUGACCAGAUGACUCUGCUGCAGUACUCCUGGCUCUUCCUCAUGACUUUUAGUUUGGGCUGGAGGUCUUACCAGCAGUGCAACGGCAACAUGCUCUGCUUUGCGCCAGACCUCGUCAUCAAUGAGGAGAGGAUGAAGCUGCCCUACAUGACCGACCAGUUUGAGCAGAUGCUGAAGAUUUGCAGCGAGUUUGUUCGGCUGCAGGUUUCCCACGAUGAGUACCUGUGCAUGAAGGUCCUGCUGCUGCUCAGCACAGUGCCAAAGGACGGCCUGAAGAGCCAAGCAGUGUUUGAUGAGAUUCGCAUGUCGUAUAUCAAGGAGCUAGGAAAAGCCAUUGUGAAGCGUGAGGAGAACUCCAGCCAGAACUGGCAGCGAUUCUAUCAGCUCACCAAGUUGCUGGAUUCCAUGCAUGAGAUGGUCGGUGGUCUGCUGAGUUUCUGCUUCUACACCUUUGUGAAUAAAUCCCUGAGCGUGGAGUUCCCAGAGAUGCUGGCAGAGAUCAUCAGCAACCAGUUGCCAAAAUUCAAGGCUGGGAGCGUCAAACCUCUGCUCUUCCACCAGAGAUGACUCACCCCCGUAACAGACACAAUGCCUUAAAAAAAAAGAAAAAGAAAAAAAGUCCCACCACAUAAUCUCACCUCACCACCCUUACCCCAACCCCAGAAGACUUGAGGAUCCCAGGCGCGGAUGAUGUAUUUUGGGAGCACGUAUGCAACUCUUGUGUUGUGGCUCACGGGUCUGAUGGGAGAGGGCGGAGAUGUUUGUGUAGAAACGGCAAGCACAAGAGGUUUGGUUUUGUUGAACAGUGUAGGAUGUAGUGUGUAACAAUGAUUAGGACUUGUUUGUAAGAUAAAAGAUAAUCACAGAAGAACUAGACUAACAUCAACGUCAUCUCAGGUUUCUUACCUUCAAAUUCAGAACGUUAUCUAAAAUAGAUUGAACAAAUAUCUAUGUACAGGUUCUGAUAGUAUUUUCUACAUUUUCAAAUUAUGACAGUUUCUACAAUUACCCAGGUUGAUGUUACCCAAGAGGGUAGCGAAGCUUAACAUGCUCGUCGGUAGUCUUUUAGACUGUAUGUUCCACUUUUAGUUUUUAUAGGAGGUUGUAACAAAAUGUUUUAUCAGUCACAUGGGGGGAGAGUGUGUUUUAUAGUCAUUUAAAAAGCGUAUUUAGUGGCUUUUCUUUUUUUUUUUUGGUUUUGCUAAUUAACUUUGGAAAAUACAAAACAAAUCUAUGGGACUGUUAAGAGACAUCCAUCGUUCUAAGGAUUAUUUCUUUCACAAGCUGACCUCUUCCAGGUUUACACACGUCUUUUAUUAUAAAAGGGAAAAAAAAACAUGUGCCUUUUUUGCUUCAAUGAUCACUUAGCCAUUUUUCUUCCGACCGUACUCUUUAUCCCGUCAUGGUCUACCUUCAUCGUAUGUUGAUUGUACUUUUUAUACUUCUUUCGAGUUUUCCUUUUUGAUUUUCCAGUGGCUGUAUGUUAUCUUUAGAAGUGGCAGCUCACGUGUAGAAAUGAUCCUUAUUGUUAAACAACGCUCAGAGCCUGCUUCCUCCUGCACACACACACAUACACGGGAGUCUUUAGGUGCGAUUUGAGCACUUUGUACUCUGCUUAAGGCUUUAAAAGGCUGUGAAGAAAGACUGUUUAAAUUGUCUUUCCUGUUUGACUUUAGAUGGAAAGUAGAGCUGCUUUUUUUUUUUAGGAAGUAGCCCAUUUUGUGCUCGUUUUAGUCCGCGCUCCUUCACCGGUAGUCUAACAGUUGGAUGGAUAUCUGCGUCUACCAAUCACAAGAGAGAGGGCUUAUUCUUAUUGUGUUUGCAAGUUUAUGUCAUUUUUGAUUAAUCAGGAAAUUUCUGUGGUUUUUAAUGUGGCUCAAAGUGGAAGGAGAAACACCCGUCUUUCACUUUUUAAGCUCUUUUUACAAAGUGUGUUUGGUAAAGAUGAUGUGAUACAUACAGUAUAUCUCUUCUCUCAAUAAGCUUCUGCUUUGGAUUUUUUUUUUAUUAUUAUUUUAAUUAAAAGCUCAUGUAUUAUUGUAUUCAUUAAAGGAAUAGCUGGACAUUUUGUGGGAAUGCAGCUAUCCCGCUGUCAUAUCUGUACAGUGAAUGUGAAGCUGGAGUUUAAAGCUGGUUUGGUAUUUCUGGCUUUUUUAUUAGUUUUUUGUAUAAACUAAAGAAACACAAUCUAACUGGUAUUAAUGAGGUGUUAAAGGUCCUGGCAGUCUUAUUGUUUUUAAAUGAAACCAUGCCAGAUGUUCCCCUCUCUACACUCUUUCUGUGCCGGCAGCUUCAUAUUCAUUGCAGGGAUAUGAGACAUUUUACAGAAUACUGGUCAAAAUGUCAGAGUAUUCCUUUGAGAACGAACAGUCUGUAUGAUAGACGGCUUGUGUAUCGAGCAGUUCGGCUCAGGCAUCGUCCCCUCCCUAGACAACGUGUCCAGCAUCUGCUUGUGUUUUUCGUAUGUUUGUUUGUUUGCCAUUGUGGACGAGUCCCGGCAUUUUAAAAAAAACAGUCACCUCAUAGAGUCCUGUCACAGUCCGAGUGUAGCGUUGCUGCUUUGGGGAAGCAGGCAAAAUGGAUCCUUUUUAUUCUCUGGGAACUGUUUCAGUGCCAAACUCCUGUUUUGUCUGUUUUCAGUGAUGCUGAAAGUCGGUCAGUAUUGUAUGAGAAGCGGAAAUGAGCCCAAACUUUGAAGCUUAUAAAUUUGUCUUAAAUAGAGGGGGGGAAGUCCUGAGUUAUCUGCACUUCAGGACACUGGAUUGUUGUAAGAGAUAACUGAGUUUUAUAUGUAACACAGAUGUAUAAACACACGUGUGUGUUUGUGGGGUCUAAGUGGGAAUUUUCACCAGCCAGCCGGCCGUGUUUCCUAACCCCUUUUUUUUUUAUGUUUUACAUGAAUGUGACCCUUAAAAGAGGAAUUCAUUUAUUUCACUUGAGUAUUUAAAUAUGGAAAAAUGUAAAAUUGUCCAGUGGCCGAUCUAUCCCCCACGACAAGUCUAAAAGAACUUUCUCCCCCAUUCUCAGGUUAUUUAAACUGUCUGAUUCACACAGCAUUUAGCUGUCUGUGCUCCGUUUUGACACUAAAAACCAAAAACAAGUUUGGAUUCCCCAGAUGUCUCUUUUGGUGUUUUUUUUUUUUAUGUUUAUUUCUUUCUCCCCCACCCCCACAAACAAAGAUAAAAAAUUUAAUAUAUGAGAAUAAUUUAAUGACUCUGCUGCCACCAGCAUCACUCUCACUGAGGCUCAGACAACAGAUGCUUAUCAUUUUUCUGAGAGGUUUGUUUCAGAUAUUUGGAAAUCAUCUUGGGUUACUUUCACAUUCAGUGUAGCCAAGUCUCUACUGCUGCUGCUCUUCAUUUAAACAGGUAUAUAUACACACACAG